AGUGUUUCCAUCCUUUCCCGAGUCUUCAACAUCUCCGUAUUCUUCUUCUUCUUCUUCUUUAAUAAAAUAAUAAAAACCCUAGUAAGUGUUCAUCUUCAUUCAUCAAUUCUUUGUAUGGUUGAACACACAUCUUAUUCUUUGAUGAUUUGUCUCAACUCUUAUAGGGCAAUUGCGCGUUUCCUACACGCGUCGUUCUCCCGCUCUCCCUCUUUUAACUCUUGCGAAGAAGCCUGGUAUUUAUCACUGCGUAGGGGCUUACACUUGAGCAUUUACUUUAUUUCCAUAUAUUCUCAGCUCAAUCAGCACCUCAGGUUUUAUCUCAGAAUCUGUGGAAUUAUAGCAUCUUUGGCAUAUAUUAAAGGCAGAGGGAAGAAAGAAAACUCAUCCCUCAAUAAUGAAGAAGAUGAAUGUUACUGAGAAAACGAUGCUGCCCGUGCAGAAGAAGAAGAAAAAUAGAUUCUUGAUUACUAUCAAUAUUCUUGGUAGCACAGGACCCAUCAGGUUUGUGGUGAAUGAAGACGAUCUUGUUGCCGCUGUCAUCGAGACUGCCUUGAAAACAUAUGCCCGUGAAGGCCGCCUUCCAGCUCUCGGCCUUGAUGUCAACAACUUUAGCCUCUACCCCGCCAAUGAAGGCUCACUUGCUUUGGGUCCAAGGGAAACGAUGGGAUCUGCAGAGGGAGCCAGAAGCUUUGUGCUGUGCAAGAAUCAGACCCAUCCACAGAUGACAGAAGCGAGGUCACAGCUGAUAAAAAAGAAGGGAGACAGGUGGAAGACAUGGUUUAACAAAUCUCUAAGUUUUAAAAUAUAACCUCAUUAAGCUUGAGGUUGGUGAAUUUCUCCAUAGUAUUCCAUUUCACAGUUCUUCAUCAUCAUCAUCAUCAACCCCAUAAACAACUGAAAAAACUUAAGCUUUAAGUCUAUCUAUGUCGUGUGUAUGUGCAUUACAACAGAAUAAGCCAUGUAAUAUGCCCCUUUUGUACAUUGGAAUGAAAUGGCAUGCAUCUAAUUCUCCUGUUAUAUAUCGAUAUUUCUUA